UCAGUCAUGGGGCCAGUGGGAGCAGUGGCUUACAGCGUCAUUUUUAAAUGAGACAGAACAAACAAAGUUUUUGUCUUUAGACUGCUCGGCAGAUCACUGUUUAUUCUCGGUAGACGACGGGCGGUAUUGGCCCUUUGAGACUGCCUCUUUCACUUCCGUUUGUAUUGCGCGGUACUCACGCGGCGCUCAUUUUUCCCUCUAACCCCAACUCCACGGUCACAUGGGGGUCUGCAAGUAUCCACGAUCGAUGGCGAUUACGAUAACACCCGGACGUACCUGGUGGGCAUGGCGAUCACGCGCCAGGAAAGGCAUCUCUUUACAAGACUGGCAACAAAUGCCGGGCCCUGGGCCAGAUGCUCGAGUGUAUAUAAAUGACUCGACGGAAGGUUUUUCAGCAUCUACCCCACCUACCCACACCAAGCCCGUCUCCAAAACUCCCCCAGCUCCACCAUGUGCUGCUCCCACCGCUCCACGUCUACCACGUCGCCCGCCGUGCCCGUUUCGAAGCAGACGACCGAGCCUGCCGCCCCAGUGCUGAACAAUGGCCCGCAGUGCGCGCACUGCGGAUGGCGCGGCGGAGGACACGCGAACAACUGCCCCUUCCGUUGAGCACCGAAAUACACGCCUACUCUGCUCUCGCUCUGCCUCCCUGCUUUCUUCCCCACUAUAAUCCUAGAUCGUGCUGUGCUGCUCCUGUAUUCUGUUUUGCUUCGCAUGCAUAUGCCUGACAUACCCCUAUCCUACAACAACGCUACAUAUAUACAUACCUACAUGUAUAUCGUCUACUUCCCGCAUAGAUGGAUGGAUGGAUGGAUGGGAAAAUUUAUCUGCUGUAUGAUUUCCUGAUCUCUGUUCUCGAGCUCCGGUUGAAAUUGGAACUGCUUUCCACGUGGGAGCAACUUUCUCGUUUUCGGUGCGGAUCUUUUUGAGGACGUUAUCGAUCCGAGGACCUUCGGUUACCUCGGCCGCCCGUGAUGCGGUCUGAGGUCGGGGGCCGAGGCCAGAUUCCAUGGCAUGAUAUGGCCAACGGAUUGGCAGAGAGGAGUACUCGGCUCAGCACACCUCCUACGUACACAAUAUUCCGCUCAGCGCUUAUC